AUGCACGUCAAAGUCAUCACCAAUAAUAACGGCAGCAUUCUUGGAAGAAUUCCAGUCAGAAUGAGCGAAGAACCCCAACCCGAAGCCAACCGUGUUGCUCGAAAUAACGCUAACUAUAGGUCUCCUUGGCCGACGGACAGUGAUAUAAGCCCUAUAGCCUUGGAUGACGAAACCCGAAACCGAACUCUAGAAGCAUUGGCAGAAGAUAAUGAACAGGGAGAGGUGGCGCAACCACUUCAGCAACAGCCUAGUCAGGCCGAGAGACCCAUAGAGACUCAAGAACACGAUAGAACAGACCAUUCUCCCCAGCAAAGAGGGUACUGGUUUCGUGGGAGCUCCAUUAAGUCUCUUGUUAAAGGUUUCCUAAGCCUCGAAAUACCAGAAGACUCGCCUGACUGGGGACGUAACUCUGUAGCAGAAGGGCAGUCAUUCUUCCCAGAUCCUAUGAUUACUUUCCUCGUUGAUCAACCUAGAGAUCUUCUGUGUCAGAUUUGCCAAACAACGACUCUUUCAAUAGCGACCUCGGCCCAUACCCCGGAUGAGCAUACCCCAGGUAUUCUCCCGUGUGGUCACAUGGCUUGCCAUACCUGUCUAUGGUCUUGGGUUAUUAGGAACAAAACCUGCCCCUUCUGCAGAAAGGAAAUGAAGCAUAGCGGCUGUGGGCAUACCCUGAAGCCGGCCUUAAUAACACACGAUACUAUUGCCAGGCUGCCGAAGACGCUUUCUCGAGGGGGCACUAUAGGCGAGACCUGUCGCGAGUGUCGGGAUCGGGAAAAUAGGGGGAAAACCUACAUACUGUGGGGUAUUGCUACGAAUGCCGUUCGAAUAAGCCGGCAAGCUCCUCCGGAUGCUGAUCCUAGAAAUGCCAGUCGAGCGGAAGAAGUCGCCCGGGAGCUCUUUGAAAGUGUUCCUCAGGGAUACCUCAAAAAUCUCAAUCUAGAGAAGAACGCCUGGUAGCUUAAUUGCAUU